AUGGAAGAGAUGAUGAUGAUGAUGAUCCGAAGCCCAGAAAAUCCCAGAAAUGAGUCCAUUGCCGAUAAACCCAUCACCACUUCCACUUGCCCAACCUGGAAGCUGUACGAGAACCCAUUUUAUAUUUCUCAACAACAACAACAAAAACAAGUAGUCCAACAACAACAAGAAAAUCAUAGCCAGAAGCAAAUUCAUCGUCUUCACCUCCCUAUAUCAGCACGUAAGAUCGCAGCUUCUUUCUGGGAUCUUACCUUUAUCAGGCCCUUCAUGGUGUCUGAGCUAGAAAUGGCUAGAGCCCAGAUCAUUGAACUGAAGGCCGAGCUCGAAUAUGAACGUAAGUCUCGUAAGAAAAUGGAAUCCAUGAACAAGAGGCUGAUGAAAGAUGUCUCUGAGGAGAAAAGGGGUAGGGAGGCCUUGGAACGAGUAUGUGAAGACCUUGCUAAGGAGAUAUCAUCAAAUAAAACAGAGAUCAAUCGGAUGAAAAAAGAGAUGGAGGAAGAGAGGAAGAUGUUACGUAUGGCUGAGGUGUUAAGGGAGGAGAGAGUCCAAAUGAAGCUCGCUGAGGCAAAGCUUUUGUUGGAAGAGAAGUUGUUAGAAUUGGAGGCUACAAAACGAAUGCAAUUCGAGUCAUCAAGCUCCAAGAUGGAAGACAAGAACCAAGAAGGCAACCUGCAGCGAAUUAUAACUGCUGACAAUUCUUCUGGUGAACCAAUAACAAUAACAAGGUUUACUGUAUUGAGUGAGAAGCCAGCUUUUGACAGUGAUAACAAUGGCAUUGCUCAUUCUGUGGCAAUUCAGAGAAGAGCCUCCACAGAGCCUGAAAAUCCUCAUAUCAGACGAGGGAUCAAGGGGUUUGUUGAAUUUCCCAAAGUGGUUCGAGCAAUCGGAUCCAAGAGUAGGCAUUGGGGUACCAAGUUGGAAUGUCAAAAGGCUCAGUUAAGGAUACUGCUGAAACAAAAGUGUCCCGUUCGAUCCAAUAACCUCAUUAUGAGUUAAGAUCAACUUUCUUUAUUGACAAGUCCAUGUUUUGAUAAACUCUGUCCUCUCAUAUGUUGUAGAAUUGGCGUUCUUGUUAUACGAUCUAUUUGUGCAAAUGGUUCAGCAGUCAGUA